AUGACGACGAAUUAUAAUACAAAUGAGGAGGUCAAUGAAUUCCAGUGUGACAACAUACAGAAAUUACAGAUUGAAAAUAUCCGACUCCGAAGAAAAAGUUCGCGUAGUAGUUUACUUAUAGGUUGCUCAUUUGGUUUCUCAAUAUUUCUUACAUUUCUUUGCUGCAUUUUAAUUAGUAUUAUUUUACUGAUUUAUCAUAAAAGUGAUUUUUGCGCUUACAUUCAAGCGAUAAGAUUGAAAAAUUUGAGAUUUUUAUCUGUUUUAAAUAAUAAAUGUAUAUCUAAAUGUUAUCACAUCAAUAUUAUUGAUCCAAGUAACCCCGAUAGGUACUGCAAAAUGGCUUACAAAGAGCAAGAACGAUCGGAAUUAUCAUUCCGCUUGCCGAAAGAAGUGAAGCCACUUCAUUACGACUUGUAUCUCCAUCCAAACUUAAUUGAUGGGACCUUCAAAGGCCACGUGACGAUUUUAAUUGACGUGAUGGAGGUGAAAAAUUACAUCGCUUUACAUCAGAAAGAUCUCAAUAUUACGAAAACAACACUAAAAUCUUACGACCGUAAUGAAAACUAUGAAGUAGCGAUAAGAGAUACUUAUACCAUUGAAAAGUUGGAGAUACUGGUUGUUAGUUGCAAUGAUAACCUACCGAUUGGUGUCUAUCAGCUGUAUUUUGAGUUCAAUGGGGCAUUACAGCCGGAUAAAAUCGUUGGAUUUUAUGCUAGUACAUAUAAAGAUGAUAAUAACGCCACUAGAACAAUCGCUACUUCAAAAUUCGAGCCGACUUACGCUAGAAGAUCAUUCCCGUGCUUCGAUGAGCCGUCAUUUAAGGCUGAAUUUACCGUUAAGCUUGUUUAUCCUUCCACUGAUUGCUAUGGAGCGCUUUCCAGCAUGAAUCUUGAAAGCACUGUAACUGAUCAACCGGAACCGGGGAUGACAACAGCAACAUUUGCCAAAAGUGUGCCAAUGUCUACAUAUCUGAUGUGUUUCAUCGUGAGUGAUUUUGUAGCAGUAACCGCGCCUGCUAAAAAAUUAGACCCCAGUAAGAGUUUUCCAAUCAGCGUCUACACUAGGAGAGCUCAAAAAGAACGCGCGGCUUUUGCAUUGGACAUAGGAGUUCAAAUAAUUGAAAAUUAUACCAAAAAAUUCAGCAUUGACUUUCCCUUGCCCAAAUUAGAUAUGGCUGCGAUACCAGACUUUGUAUCCGGUGCGAUGGAAAAUUGGGGUUUAAUAACAUAUCGUGAAGCGCGACUGCUCUAUGAUGAUAAAACAAGCUCUUCGGAUGAUAAGAAGAAUGUUGUACUAGUUAUUGCUCAUGAAUUUGCGCAUAUGUGGUUUGGAAAUUUAGUAACUAUGAAAUGGUGGAAUGAUUUAUGGUUGAAUGAAGGAUUUGCGAGCUAUAUGCAGUACAAAAUUUCCGAUCAAAUUCUUCCAAAUUGGAAAUUAAUGGAUAGUUUUUUAACUUCUACACUUCAUAGUGUACUUGUGACUGAUGCUAAAUUAAGUUCACACCCUAUAGUACAAACUGUUGAUAAUCCAGAUGAAAUUACAGCUAUUUUUGAUGUUAUUACUUACAAUAAGGGUGCAUCUGUGUUACGUAUGUUGGAUAAUUUUAUUGGAACAGAAGCAUUUGACGCUGGUAUAACGACAUAUUUAAACCAGCAUGCUUACAAUAAUGCAGAAACAGCAGAUUUAUUCAAAAUUCUUCAAGAAUCAACAAAAACCAACAUAAAUAUAACAGCAAUAAUGGACACUUGGACUCGCCAAAUGGGUUUUCCCGUAGUCAAUGUUGUCAAAACAGGUUUGAACAUUACAUUGACGCAAAAAAGAUUUCUGCUUGAUCCAGAAGCUACGUGUGAUCCACAAGAGUCAGAUUAUGGCUACAAGUGGACAAUUCCGAUAACAUACGUCACCAGCAAAAACGACACGCCAACUCUCGUGUGGUUCGACAAAGAUUCUCUGAAGUUGACGAUCAAGUUAUCGGAACCAGUCGAAUGGAUUAAAUUUAAUUACAAGCAAAUCGGUUAUUAUCGUAUUAAUUACGACAAACAGUCAUGGGAAAGUCUUUAUGACGUACUGCGCUGGCACCACAAGCGCCUAAGUAUCUCCGAUCGUACAAAUUUGAUAGAAGAUGCAUUCAGUUUAGCCCAAGCUUCUGAGUUGGAUUAUUCAGUUGCGCUUGAUAUGACUUCAUAUCUGACAAAAGAGCGCAAUGCAGUGCCUUGGGACGUCGCCUCCUCAAUGCUACUUACUAUUGACAAGUUGCUAUUUUCAACAAGUAUAUCGUCGAAAUUCCGUGAUUAUGUUAGAAACUUGGUUGAAAUACCUUAUCACGACGUAACAUGGCAAGUUGACAAUAUCGAAGAUCAUGACAUGCUGACAUUACGUCGUAUUGUUUUAAAUUUAGCCUGCAAUGUUGAGCACGUCGAGUGUUUGGACGAAGCUGGGGUGAUUUUCAAAAACUGGAUCGAUGAUCCCAAUGACACUAGGCCCCAUCCUGAUAUACGUGGGUUUGUUUAUAAAUAUGGUAUGAGUCAUGCCGGCAAAGAAGCUGACUGGGAUAUUAUGUUUAACCGAUUCAUUAAAGAAACAAACGCCGAUGAGAAACUUAAAUUAAUGAGAGGUUUGGCCGGUGUUAGAUCAAGUUAUUUGUUGAACAAAUUUAUUGGAAUCGCUGUUGACCUUAAAUAUGUAAAGUCACAAGAUACCUUCAAUUGCCUGCUGUCAAUUGCGGCCAAUCCUGUCGGCGGACCUCUGGUUUGGGACUGGGUAAGAGAGAACUGGGAAUUUUUGGUCAAACGAUACACAUUAAAUGAUCGUUACUUGGGUCAAUUAGUACCUGGAAUUGCCAAGUAUUUCGCUACUGAUGCCAAACUUGCGGAAUUGAAAGCUUUCUUCACCAAGUACCCAGAAGCUGGCGCAGGAAAAACUCAAAGAGUUGCUGCGCUGGAAACAGUUGCCAAUAAUAUCAAGUGGUUGAAGAAAAAUAGCGAAAUAUUAGACAAUUGGUUAAGCUCACAUGUUAAGUAA